AUGGCAGAUCCGGAGCAGGACGACGUCGAGAUCGAGCAGGACGACGAGCUGCAGAAGUUCUUGGGCACGUCGCAUUUCGGCAAGCAAUCACGAGAGGCGAACGUGAAGAAGCAGAUUGAUCUGAGCAAGAGGCCGACUGCGAAGAGUCUGCCACGAGCGGAGAACGGCGAGGCCGAAUCGGGGAAGAGAGAGCAUGCUGUACAUUCAGAACAGGAUGACGAAGAGGAUAACGAUGACGAUGACUCGGACGACGACGACGACGACGAUGAUGACGACGAAGACGAAUACCCCGUAUCACACGAGAUGGUCUUCAAGACCCACGAGCGCGCCAUCACAUCCACCACAUUAGACCCGUCCGGCGCGCGGCUCAUCACGGGCAGCAUGGACUGCACGCUCAAAUUCCACGACUUCGCAUCCAUGACGCCAACGACCAUACGCGCAUUCAAAUCGGUCGAUCCCACAGCCUCGAAACGCUCCGCGAACGUCGAGACCCAUCCCGUCCACCAAGUCCUCUUCAACCCGCUCAACGCCAGCAAUGUGCUCGUCGCGACAGCCUUACCACAGGCGAAGAUCAUGGACAGGGAUGGAGAGAUGCUGUGCGAGUUUGUGAAAGGAGAUAUGUAUCUGCGGGACAUGCACAACACAAAAGGACACAUCAGCGAAGUGACGACGGGGACGUGGCACCCCACCGAUCGUAACGUCUGCGUGACGGCUGGGACGGACAGCACGCUACGCAUAUGGGACAUCAACAACCCGCGUUGCCAGAGAGAAGUCAUCGUACACAAAUCAAGAGCGGCAGGCUCGGCCGGAAGAUCACGCAUGACAGCGGUCGCAUGGGGAAGCCCCGUACAAGGCGGUUCAAAUGUCCUCCUCAGCACCGCACUCGACGGGACCCUCGUUAUGUGGAGCGGCGAGGGACCCUACAGCAGACCCGCAGCCGAAAUCAGAGGAGCCCACGAGCCCGGCACCUGGACCAGCGGCCUCGACAUCAGCGCUGACGGCCGCCUUGUCAUAACCCGCGGCGGCGACGACAACAUCAAGCUCUGGGACACGCGCAAAUUCAAAAACCCCAUCACUACCGUCUCGCACACCUCCACCUCCUCUCAAUACCCCACCUCCAACAUUCGCUUCUCGGCAAGCGGGAACCAGAUCCUCACGGGCUCCAUCGAAGGCAAUCUGCACAUCCUCAACCCAGCAACGCUCAAACCCGACCUCAUCACCCCCAUCACCCCCGGCUCGCCCGUGAUCACGGUAGACUGGCACGCAAGACUCAACCAGAUCAUCACCGGCUCCGCAAACGCAGAGACCCACGUCCUCUACAACCCCAACACCUCCACGGGCGGCGCCAAGAGCGUCAUGUCCCGCGCCCCCAAACGUCGCCACAUCGACGACGAUCCCAACCUCACGACGGACACCUCGCAAGGGAUUUCAGGCGACGCGAUCAUCACGCCAGGCGGGGGUUCGGUCCCCUCCACGGCGUCCUACGCUUCCCGUCAUCCAACCGUGGGACUCACGGCGUCGGGGAGAUCACGAGAUCCCCGACGCCCACACGUCCCCGCCACAACACCUUUCGCAAAGGGGAAUCCGGACGAGGCGUAUGUGAAGCGGGAGAUUCCGCUGUCGAGUCUCCGCGAUGAAGAUCCCCGGGAAGCGCUGUUGAAGUAUGCGGAUAAAGCGGACAAGGAUCCCAUGUUUACGAAUGCGUGGAAGACGACGCAGCCCAAGACGAUAUAUGCGGAGGUUAGUGAUGACGAAGAAGAAGGAGAAGAAGAGGACGGGCCGGCGAGUAAGAGGCAGAAGCAGUAG